AUGUCGAACGUCGCGAGGCGGCCCGCGCGCGCGGUGUUUCGCCGUGGCGUUGGCCCUUUUCGGGGGACGUUUUCUCCCUUUUUCGCCUCGUUGGAAGGGGCGGGGUUGUGCAGCCCCUGCCGGGGGAUUGCCAGCGAGUUUAAGGACCUCCAGCGGGCGGGUUUGGGGCCCGGGGCGAAGGCGAUGCAGCCGCCCGCGAUCCCCCCGAACGACCCGAUGCUCCCGAUGGAUUUCAACCCCCACAUCGAGUGGUUCGAGUACCCGAAGGAGAUCUUCGACCCGAAGUACCCGUACACCCGCGAGGAGAGCAUCCGCAUGACCGAGGAGGCCUGGGAAAGUACGAUGGACGAGAUGGCCUCGAAGUACGGCAUGCGGCUGAAUAUGACGUCCAAGCCGACCUUCUGGAUGGCCUGGGCGAUGACGUUUUUCUACACAUGGUACACCCUUUGGGGGUGCUACCGCGCGAUGGGGACGGAGCCCGGGUGGAGGGACUUCAAGGCGAUCAUCCAAAGCCAGCCCAACAGCCCCACCCUCGAGGCGGAUGACAUUUAUCUCGAUCAGUGGAUGCGGCCGGAGAUGCGGGAGAAGUUCUCGCACUACGAUCGGUUCUGGAAUUGGAAGCCGCUGGUGAAUCGGACAGGGGCGAAAACGUCCUGGGCGAUCCCGAUCGUCGCGCAGGACGUCUCCGAGUGGAAGCAUCUCACCAGCAAGUACUGA